UGAAGCUUCUUGGCUUACCAUAGACUGUGCUCCAGCAAUGGUUUAACAAAGUGUGGUUCAUUUCAUUGUAUUUCAUGAAAACCCAGCAAUCUGGGCUUACCUAGUAAAACUGGGCAAUUUGAAUCAUUCAUUAGCAAGCUGCUGCUGUAGUUUUUUUUUUUUUAAAAGCAAUCUCAUCAUCCUGUUAGGUCUGUUUUGCCUCAAAUAAAUGCUUCUCCUUGUUCCAAAGUUAGAAUCUGUAAUGCAUUUUACAGGCUAGUAGAAACCUUGAAACUUGAAUCUGCCUCCAUUGUCUUUCAUAGGACACAAAUUUUUUAAGUCUCAAAUGUUAGUGUGUAUGUGUUAAACGGCAUAAAGACCAAAAACAAGUGCACACAUCCAAAGGUACAGGUGGAAGCUUAUACUUUACUUUUCCCUGCACUUGUGAUGAGGACAUAAGUCAUUGAAGACACUGAUAGAGAGUUUAGCAUCCUAAAUUGAUUUCAGUCUGUGCCAGUGCUAGCCUGUGAUGCAGUCUCACCAUACUAGGGGUGGUGACUUCUACCCAGAGUGAAGGACAAUAACUGGUUCAUCUUGUACCAGUGGAGUUGAGGUUGAAACAGCAGCCAGUAUGUUAUAAACCUAGCGUUCCUUUCCUGUUUUCCCUCUGUACCCUUCCCCACACCUGCUACUUACAACUGCUCCAAAGUUACUGAACGGUAGUGAGAUGGACAUUCAUGCUUUUAAACUUUGACUCUCAGCCAUUGAUUCAGACACUUGUACCUUGGAAUGCAUUCAUAAGCUCUUAGCUCUGAGAUCUGUAUUCUUCAAAACUGUAUCAAAGCUUGUUCUGACAUCUUCCUGGACAAUAGUCUCAACCACUUCCUUCACUAGGGGAGCAUACCUGAUUAGGAGUUUUUGUAAAAAAAACAGUGGCAUUGCUCUUACUGCUGCUAUACACUAUUUAUAAGGCAUCCUCCUGAUAUUUCUUAUUGGUAGUGGAAGUCUUGCUUUUAAUGGUUAAUCAGGGUAAAUACUAGGGUCCAGUUUAGAAUGGUCUCCGGGAUGUCCCAAAGAGACCAGAUCACUCCAGUUUUAAAAGAACUACACUGGCUACCAAUAGGUUUCUGGGCAAAAUACAAAGUGCUGGUUAUUACCUAUAAAGCCCUUAAUGGCUUAGGCCUAGGAUAUUUAAGAAAUUAUUAUUAAGAUCUUCAGGGGAAAUUUGUCUGGUGACAACUCAAAUGAGAGCCUUCUCUGUAGUUGCCUGAGGAAUGCACUUCCUACUGAGAUUAGAGCUGCUCCAUCUUUGUUGGCUUUUAGGAAACAACUAAAGACACAUCUCUUCAGCCAAGCUUUUUCGCUAUCUGGUAGUUUUUAUGGGUAUUUUAAUUUGAUCUAUUUAUAGUUUGUUUGUUUACGGUCAUUGACCAAGAAUAAAGCCAAAGGUUUUAUUACAAAGGUUGCAAUAGCAAAAAACAAAUAUCAGACGAAUAAACAAUAUCACAGUUGCAAUUAGAGCGAUACCAAAUCAUCAUCUCAGCAGACUCAUGAACAGUCCGAGCUCCCCUUUGAAUCAGUCAAGGAGCUAUGCACUCUAAUGGCUAUAUAACAGAAUUUUGCCACGGUAUAAGAAAUAAGGGAAUCAUUAUCCGCAAGUAAAAAUUUAACUAAAAAAUCACCAGAAUGUCCAGGCAAUCUGGUCAAUAAGGGUAGAAUCAGACAGUGCCUAAAAUCCCAAUAAAAACUACAGUACAAUAAAAUAAUAGUUUCGAUUUCACCGGAGCUGCAAGGACAAAGCUAAGCCUGCAUGGGUAGAUGUUGAAACCUCCCAGUAAACCCAUGGGUAGAUGUUGAAACCUACCAGAGCCCCUGGUGGCGCAGUGGUAAAACUGCCGCCCUGUAACCAGAAGGUUACAAGUUCGAUCCUGACCAGGGGCUCAAGGUUGACUCAGCCUUCCAUCCUUCCGAGGUCGGUAAAAUGAGUACCCAGAAUGUUGGGGGCAAUAUGCUAAAUCAUUGUAAACCACUUAGAGAGCUCCGGCUAUAAAGCGGUAUAUAAAUGUAAGUGCUAUUGCUAUUGCUAUUGCUAUUGCUAAACAAGGCUGAAGGGAAAGCAUUAAAAUGGGCUCCUGAGAAGGCCCAGCAGAAUUUAGAAAAAGUAAUAGAUGUCAGAUAUGGUGCAGAUGAUCCGAUCUUUAGUGGUCUGUAGAAUGCAGGCAGACAAGCCACCUCAUUCUGCAACUCAAUAUCCUCCAGUCGCUGAUGGACCAUAUUUUUUGUGCUCACAAGGCCCAUUUCAAGUAAGGAGUCUGGAGCUAAUUCAAGGAGAAGGAGUUUGUUGACUAUCUUCAUACAUCAAGGCGGCUGAUGCAUGACCAAUAAAAAUUUGGGUAUAAGUCCUAUUGGUUGAAGGUGAAGUUUCAGCCAAUAGUAAAUGAUUAACAGCCAAGCCCUAGUUUCUACGGUUAGUAAACCAGCCUCCUGGUGAAUCACCACAUUAGCAGUGCACCUAGGUGCAGAAAAAAGAGCUCUCAGGAAGCCUGACUGAAUCCUUUCUAGAGUGAUAAAAUUAGUAUAGGGGCCCAGUUGGGCACCAUGUAAGAGUUGUGUCAUAGAUUUGGCUAGAUAUAGUUUAAUAGCGGCAGGGAUAUAGCCACCACCCUGAGUACGGUGGAACCGCAUUAUAGCUGCUGCACUUCUUUGUGCCAUGUCAGAGACCAGUUUGACAUGUGCAGAUUUCCUACCAUUGUACUGAAAAACCACUCCAAGAUAUUUAAUACACUUCACUUGCUCAAUUCGAUGACCAUCUACAGACCAAGUGAAAUUCUUAACUCUGUUAUUAAAACAGACAAUUUUAGUUUUGGAGUAAUUGAUAGCCAGAUGUUCCUCCUGGCAAUGGAGAGCCAAGGCCCCCAAGGCUCUCUUAAGACCAGUCCUGGUCUGCGAAAGGAUCACAGUGUUGUCAGCAUACAGAAGUAUUGGUAACCUUUCGUCAGCUAGUUUUGGAGCAUGGAGAUCUAUUUAUAUGUUUUCAUUGUUAAAAUUUCUUUGUUUUGUUGCUGUAAACCACCUAGAGACCAGUAGUGGGAGGUAUAAAAUGUUAACUAUUUAUUUAUUUAUUUGUCUCUGAGGUGAUCUGAGCCUUGUUCUUUAACAAGUGAACAUGGAAUUAAAGAUGAUUCAAUUAGAACUUUUAAAAGCAGCAGUUCUAAAGCUUCCUCUGACAUCCUCCUUUUUCGUUGGGUGUUCUCAAAUGCUGAUGCUCCCCCCCAUUUAUUUCUCUAUGACAUCAGGAAAUGGCAUAGCCUCCCUAAAUGCCUGCCUAGAGACGGUAAUGGGCUGGAUGAAGGAUAAUAAAUUGAAUCUGAAUCCAAACAAGACGGAGGUACUCAUGGUCCCAAAACAGCAAUGAAUCUGGUAUGAAGAAGUUGUGGAUACACGGCUCUUCAUAGCUGCUGGACCUGGAUCUCCUUUUCUGGCUAGAACAGUGAACUUGGUUUGUGGAGAGAGAAUGACUCUUGGAUUUGUACGGUUGUCCCCAGUACUGGGGAGGACUUUGCUGGUGCUGAUGGUGACUACUUCUGUAAAGUGCCAUUGGCCCAGUGAGGCCUCAGAAGUUGUACGGGACUGGGAAAACCAGUUAGAGGCCUCCAUGCAUUCGGUGCUUUCGGAUCUCCGAGAAAGUGUGCCAGCAGUCGUGGGGAUUCCAGACAGCUCUGCCGUGGUGGGUCGCUCCUUCAGAGUUGCCAUCCCAACAGACUUACUUGCGUCAAAUGGAGAAGUUAUCCAGAUUGCUGAAGCUGGGAAAGAAUCCUUGCCACCUUGGUUGCAUUGGGAAUCGGAGAGCAGCACUUUGGAAGGUCUCCCACUUGAUACGGAUAAGGGCAUUCAUUAUAUCUCAGUGAAUGCAAUGAAUCUGGUAUCUAAUGGAAGCUACGUGCCCCAAACCACCAACGUCUUCUCCAUUGAGGUUCACCCUGAAGACCAUAAUGAACCUCAGUCAGUGCGAGUGGCUUCACAAGAUGUGAAUGAAGCAGCACCAUUUGUGUGUAGUGCAGAGGAACCAGUCACUAUUUUAACGGUAAUUUUGGAUGCUGACUUAACAAAAAUGACACCAAAGCAGAGGAUUGAACUUUUAAAUCGAAUGAAAACCUUCUCAGAAGUGGAACUUUAUAACAUGAAAUUAGUUCCAGUUGUAAAUAAUAGACUUUUUGACAUGUCAGCCUUUAUGGCUGGGCCAGGGAAUGCAAAGAAGGUGGUGGAAAAUGGAGCCUUGCUUUCUUGGAAAUUGGGCUGUUCUCUGAGCCAAAAUAGUGUCCCAAACAUAAGCAAUGUUGAAACUCCAGCUAAAGAAGGUACAAUGUCUGCUCAUCUUGGCUACCCUGUGGUUGGAUGGCACAUUGCUAACAAGAAACCUAAUCUUCCAAAGAGAAUAAAACGGCAGAUUAAUGCUACACCAACUCCUGUGACUGCUGUUGGUCCUCCAACAACUGCCCUCCAAGAACCACCAACUAGAAUUGUUCCAACACCCACUUCCCCAGCCAUUGCACCUCCCACUGAAACAACAGCCCCUCCAGUAAGAGAGCCUGUACCCUUGCCAAACAAACCCACAGUUACUAUUAGAACAAGAGGUGCUAUUGUUCAGACUCCAACUCUUGGACCAAGUCAGCCAACCAGAGUGACAACUACUACUGACACAGUCCAGAUUCGACCAACAAUGACUGGGUAUGUGGAAACUACUGCGGCAGUUACACCACCAACAACAAAGAAACCAAGAGGAACCACUCUAAAACCAGCCACACCCUCCACCACUGAUACGAGUACAACACGAAGACCUUCCAGAAGGCCUCCCAAAACUCCUCGACCUCCAAAGCCUGGGACUACUAAAUCAUCCCCUAUUAUACCAGAAACGGUUUCUCCACCAACUCAGGGUCGUCCUACUACAGUUGGUACUCCCCGUGUGCCCAAUGAUCCACCAGACCUGAAAAACCACAUUGACAGGGUGGAUGCAUGGGUUGGUACGUACUUUGAGCUCAAAAUACCUUCAGAUACUUUCUAUGACAAGGAAGAUACCACUACUGAUAAACUGCAGCUGACCAUGAAACUAGAAGAUGAGCAGCCACUGGAAGAAAACUCCUGGGUGCAGUUCAACAGCACGAGUCAGCUAAUGUAUGGACUACCUAAUCGCACCCAUGCAGGCAUUCAUGAAUUUUUCAUGCAUGCCACAGACAAAGGUGGCCUUACAGCUGUGGAUGCUUUUGAAAUAUUUGUCCACGCUCUUGAACCUGAUGAGGUGCCUCCAGUUAAAUUUAAAGCUGUAUUCCAUGGAGACCAUAGUACCAUUGUCAAUGACAUUCAUAAGAAAAUUAUGUUGGUAAAGAAGCUGGCUUUUGCACUUGGAGACAGAAACAGUAGUACUAUUACCAUAGAAAAUAUCAGCAAAGGUUCUAUUGUAGUUGAGUGGACAAACAAUACUCUGCCUUUGGAACCAUGCCCCAAAGAGAAGAUUCGUGCCAUGAGCAAAAAAAUUUCUGAUUCUUCUGGCGCUCCAAGCCCAGCUUUCUCUAAUGCCUUAGAACCAGAGUUUAGGCCUGUCAGCAUUUCUGUAGUUGGUGCUGGUAGCUGCAGACACAUUCAGUUUAUUCCAGUGACUAGAGAUGGACCACCUAUAACUGUGCCACCUACACUUGCGCUUCCUGGGCCAGAUCCAGAAAAGACAAGUGAGGAUGAUGUGUACUUACACACAGUAAUCCCUGCAGUAGUAGUGGCAGCCAUUCUGCUUAUUGCUGGAAUUAUUGCUAUGAUCUGCUAUCGCAAGAAGAGAAAAGGCAAACUCACCAUAGAAGACCAGGCCACAUUUAUCAAGAAGGGAGUACCAAUAAUCUUUGCAGAUGAGCUAGAUGACUCCAAGCCUCCCCCUUCCUCUAGUAUGCCACUGAUUCUGCAGGAGGAGAAAGCCCCUCUCCCACCACCUGAGUACCCAAAUCAAAAUAUGCCGGAAACCACCCCACUCAACCAAGACACCAUAGGGGAGUACACACCACUGCGAGAUGAAGACCCUAAUGCACCUCCCUAUCAGCCUCCCCCUCCCUUCACAGCACCCAUGGAGGGUAAAGGCUCUCGCCCGAAGAACAUGACCCCAUACAGGUCCCCUCCUCCUUAUGUUCCCCCUUAAUGAACAAGAGACACUUGCGGAGAUGGGGCCUAUAGUUCCACACCAGUGUUGUCUGUAGGGGAUCAGUGGCCUGCAAAUCCGUUACCAACCAGAAAACCAACAUACAGAAUCCCAAACGUAGCCUGGUCCCAGCAGGCCCUCUCCGGAUACAUUUGCUACACCAGAGUGCUUGUGGAACUUUCAGGACACUGAUUUUAUUUUUGCCUAACAGCUUCUGUUUUGUUUAUUCAUAGAAAAAGAAUCUUCUUGGCUCAAAAAGUAUUUCUGACAGCAGGUGUCUCAAAGCAUCAGUGAACUUGUGCAAAGGGAGACUGGCUGGACAUGCAGGCAGCGCUAGGGUUGGCACGCUGGGUCUCUGCUGUUUGCCUUUAAAACUAACUGUACUGUUUUUUCUAUUCACAUGUGUCUAGCUACAGGGCAUAACAUGAAACGUAGCCUAAAAAUUAAAUUCAGAGGACUUUCUGAGGUCAACAUUACGUUUUUACAUUUAAUCGCUGUUACCUAAACCUGUAUGUAUAGAUUUGGGGAAGGGGAGGGGAAGUGCUUUACUAUAAAUAAGCUCCAGGGGUGUUUCCAAUGCCAAUCAGGCUGAGGGAUUGGUCUUUUUUUAUCAAAGGAAUCCUAUUUUUUCACACAUGGUACAAUUCAGUCAUCAGCUGGGGCCCUUUUGCAAACUGUAGAGAGCGCUCUUGUUGCUCUAGCCUGCCAUUGCUGGUCAAAUGCCGUGUUGACAGCCAUGGGUUUAGUAAAGAAAUAUGUUUUUGAGAACUCUUUGCAGUUACCAAAAAAGCAGGACGGAAUCUAGCUAUGUAGCAGCACUGCUGCGUUUUGGAGACUGGAGGCCCAACAGUGGUAUCUGCAAGCUGCAAGGGUCAUGGUGCUGCACUAAGUUUUUCUCAUCUGGAAGGCAUGCUCUGGCUUUUGAAACACUCUUGAGAUAUUUUGGUGAAGAUGCAAUAUUUUUAUGUAGUGUAAUGCAGUUUCCUCACAUCGAAAAUUGACCUGGACCCACAGUAUUGGAACAGGCCCUCUCCCCCCAGCCUACUCCCUCACUGCUCUCCUCUGGACACACACAGACGCAAUAGGAGCUGCCUGGCGGUUGGGAAAAUACGUCGCCAGAGAUAGUUCAUACUAAAAAUCAGUGAACUCUCAGCUCUAAUUUUUUACUAAAUUUUUGAUACAGCCUCAAGUUGUUUUAUUAAAAAAAUAAUUAAAAAAUGGUAACGCUGCCAGCAGUUUGUAUGAGCUUAGCUUCUUAGUAUUGACUCAAUGGGACUGAUUGCUUUGCUCAUUUGAGAUCCCCCCCCCCCUUUUUGGUCUCUCGUAGUCAUUGUUUUAAAUAGUAGAGCCAUGUCUAAGUUUGCCUUUUUUUAAAAGUGAACUUCCACACAGUUCUCCUGGGAAGUUGGAGCUGCCCUCAAGGUUGCUAUCAUGCCUUCCCCCCCCCUUUAGAAUAAAUCAUUUUAAGCAUGGAUUUUUUCCCUUGUCCAUUUGAGACUAUUUUUGGUAUGUUAGAGGGGAGGAAAAAAACCCUUUGCAAUAAUGAGUCCAUCCCCUAGCUGGGGGCUGGGCAGCCUCUGGCUGACUUUGCACACAAAGCAGACACUUUUAAGCCAUAUUGACUGUUUUGCAAAGUAUGUUUGUGUGCUGACAUGGCCAGAUACCACACUCGUGGAGGAAUGGCUGGAAUGACUUUCACCUCUGAAUUUGCUAGGGUGGCAUUUCCCAUCAAGCCUUUAAUUAAACAAAAACAAACACCACCUACUUGAACAAGAUUUUGCCUAUCAGAAACAAAUAUUUGGUUAAAUUCCCAUGUAGUUCUGCUUCUGCCCCCUGAGGUGGGCUUGAAGGUAUAUAUUGAAGUGAGGGUGAAGUGAGGCAUUCUCAUCAGCCGCCUUCCCCCUAAGCACCAGUGCUGUUUGUUUAUGCAAAUCUCCUCUUAAAUUCUUUUCUGCUUCUGCCCCCUGAGGUGGGCUGGAAGGUCUAUAUUGAAGUGAGGGUGACUGUAAAGAAUGCUUCAGGUUUUGCCUUUGUCUAGUUUGAUAGGUACAGAUUUGCCCCACCAAAACAACCAAAUCUCCUCUUUCCCCCUCCCCCACCACCCUCCACAGACAAUGCUUGAAUGUUGGAAUGUGUCUGAGAGGAGGAGAGGCAAUUGCAUCUACUUCUCACCCAGGAGAGCUGGUUGAAGGCAAGGGGAUUAAGUGGCGUCACUUAGGGCACACUGCUUUUGAACAGCCCCUAGGACCAUGAGAGCCUCCCUCCCCCAGCCACCAACCAUGGCAGCACAGUGCCAAAAGCGAUACUGGCAGGUCUGUUUUUCAGAUGUCUCUGUUCUCAACAUGCAGAGCCUCCUAAGCCCAAAUGCUGCAAGUUAGAAGGGCCUUCCAAACAGUGCCAUUGUCCCUAGCAACUGAUACCACUUUGUACUGGUCAUGCGCAAGCGCAAACGGUCUCAGGCCUGGGCCUACCUGUCACCAUAGAAACUGGAGGCAAAGGGGCAGUGAACAGAAUAACAACAAUGGCAUUCUCAUCAGCCGCCUUCCCCCUAAGCACCAGUGCUGUUUGUUUAUGCCACUAGACACUGUAAUGGUGGGAGAGAAUCUUGUAUUAAAAGUGUUCACCAACCACUGAUGUGUUUUUAUGUCCUUAUAUAAUUAUUUUAAAGAUGUGUUUUCUGCAUUCUGUAAAGGAACAUAUCAACUAAAUAAACCAGUGUACUUUACUACAAA